AGAGGUUUCCGGACCCGCGCGCGCAUCUGGAGCUGGGCUGCCCCGCCCCCUGCCCCGACCAACCCACAAAAGGGAAAGCAAUAAAGUAUCGUGAGAUUUGGGCCAUCUCGCGCGGGGACGGGGGGGGGGCGAAAUUUAAACUGGAGACCUGGCGGAUCUUUCUGUUGCUUCCCCAGCAGCUGGAACUAGGGACGUUUGCAAGGAGACGCAGGAGUUGCUGAAAGCCCCAAAUGGAGAUUAUCAUGGAGAUUACAAUGCAGACGGAAGCUACCUAGCCUAAUCAAGUUGAAACGGAUAAAGACACUUAUUGUCACUGUGACUGUUACAGUGUGAGUUUUAAUGAAAAUGGAGCCCGAUCAAGAAACAAUUUCACGUCUCCGACGUCAGCUCAAAGAAGCCGAGGAGGAAAGAAGAAAGGCAGCACAAUAUGGUUUAGAUCUGGUGGAGAGCGAGAGCUUGUUACAGAAUCAGCUAGAUAAAUUGCAGAAUGAAAUAGUCACCAUAACGGAGAAUUUUGAACAAGAAAAAUAUACUCUCCAGAGAGAAGUAGAACUAAAGAACAGAAUGCUAGAAAGUAUGAACCUUGAAUGUGAAACACUUAAGCAACACCAAAAUAUACAAUUAGAUACACUACGUGAACAACUAGUAAGAAUGCAUGGACAAGAAACAAAUGAACUUAAGAAUAAGAUGGAAAAACUGAAAUCUGAACUAGAGGAAACCCUUCUUAGUGAGAAACAGUCGAAACACAAAGUGGAGCACCUGAAGGAAGUCCUUGCUUCUAAAACAGAAGAACUGCGCAUGAUGUCAGAGCGUGUACAUGAAACCAUGUCUUCAGAAGUGCUCAAUCUUCAACUUGAACUGGUGGCACUUGAACAGGCAAAGGCAGACCUUGAGGACAGGUUACAUGAUCUUCAGUACAGCAAGGAGCAACUAGAACUUGGAAACAGCAAUCUGACUAAUCGACUGGCACGUCUCGAAGAGGAGAGAGAAGACAGAGAAAAAGAUAUUGUUUCAUACUGUAACGCGUUAGAGAAAGCUCAUGAAGUAAAUAGAGACCUUCAGCUUCAGCUUGACCAUGCACGGCAAGAAGCCCUGGAUCCUUCCAGUAAAGGCAAUUCCUUAUUCGCUGAGGUAGAGGACCGUAGAGCAGAAAUGGAGCGUCAAUUGAUCAGUAUGAAAGUAAAAUAUCAGUUGCUACAAAAUCAGUAUUCUUUCACUAGAGAACAGCAGCAAAGACUGAAGCUACAGAUGGCUGCUCUUCUACGGAUGAAAGGUUCACAAGGGGAGCAUGAUCAGCUGGAACGUUUGCAAAGCAUGCUUCAACAAAAGAAUGGUGAAAUAGAAGAACUUCUAAUGAAAGUGAAGCAACUGGAAAAGUCCAUGAAGUCUGAAAAUUCAAAAGCGCUGAAACUUUCAAGCACUUCAGAAUAUGCAGAAUCUGAAGAUGGAUAUUACACCGAUUUGGUUCAGAUGAAACUUGACAAUUCAGAAAAAGAGAUAGAAAAUUUGAAAAGUGAAUUGUCACUACAGCGGAUGAAGGCUCUGUUUGAGAGUCAACGCGUCUUGGAAAUGGAACGGAAGCUCUUUGCAAAGGAAAGACAACUUGAAGCUUCUCAAAGUGAGAGCAUAAAUUUGCGUGUGCUGCUGGAUGAAUUGAGAAUAAAGUAUCAACCUGAAGAGUUAAUGAGAGAUUCGUUCAAUCUCAAGAAGGCUCCAGGGGAUGUGAUUUCAUACAACUUAAGUAGCAGAGGGUCUUCUGAGUGUGAAACCUCUUGUAUGCUAUCUCAGAAAAAGGAAGAGACAAAACUAAGUGAGGAUGCUCUGAAAACCACACUUCAGGCUGUAUCAGUGAACAAAGUUCCCCUUUCUGCAAUUGAACAGAGAAGUGAUCAACCUGAAAGGAAGAAGGUUAAAAUCAAGGAGGAAGAACUGGAUAGGACAGCUAUAAAUAUGAAAGAUAAGAAUGAAAUUGGACUCUCCCUCUCUACCAGGUCAGUGUCUUCUAAUAUGUAUGAGCAAGGCAAUCAGCACAGACCUGCAUCAUUUUUUUUCCGCUGCAUGAACUUUGCUAUCCAUUUCUUCAUUUACUUUCUCAGUGUUGCAUGCAGUGUCGUCCCUCAAUUCCAGCUACCUAGUUUGAAAUUUUCAAAACUGUUUAAAAAGAUCAAAAUUACAGAGAAUCAAAAGGACUCUUAAAUCAUGGACUGAUUUAAAACUAAAAUGUUCUUUCACUUUGAAAAAUCACUGCAAUAAUCUCGUGCUUGCACUAUAUUUUCCCUCUGCAUUGGCAGUUGUGUAAUUCACACUAUUGUACUUUCCAGCUUAUUUUUCAAUUUGCAUACGAUCUCUGCAAAAAAUUGCAGUAUUAACUUCAUGAUGAAAAUGCCUGAAAAACCAUUGUUAGCUUUCAGAAUAAAUUUUAAACUUAAAGCCCCAAGGUUUUUAACAAGUGGAUAUAGAAAUUUAGUGUUGAAAAGGGUGGGGAAACUAGGUAACUAUGUGAGCUUUUUCUUAUAUGGAAGGCCAUUAGAUGGCUAUUAAACUCCCAGCAGUUUUUUUAUUUUUUGUGUUAAUGUAAUUACAGAUUAUAUUUUGCUUUGGUGUUUCUUCACCCCCACACCCAAGUUGUAUUUUCUAAUUGAUAUAUAUUUCUGUUUUUAUGCUCUUGGGAGGAUUAGCAGUGAAGGUCUGACUUGUCCAGAUACACUACGUAACUUGUCUCAGACAUUCAAGUACAGUGGUAUAUUGGUUGUUGAACGGCUUGGCUCCCGAACAAAUCGGCUCCCGAACGCCGCA